CUUGACUGUGAGGUAAUUUCGGCAAACUAACCUUUUAGUUUUCGUGUAGCCAUCGGACGGGUUAAUUUACCAUGUGGAUCAUCUGUUACUGCAUCUUGUCACUGGUGUUUUUAACAGUACUAAAUGGGCACAUUGAAACCAGUAGACAAAGGCGAUAUCUCGUGUUCACGCAGAGUACACAGUGGGGCGUAUUCGGGACUGUGUCCGUCCCACUCCACCCAGAGGCGACGGUGAGCGUGGCGUGGUUCUUUGAAGCCAACUACUACACCGUGGAUAACGGCACGUGGUUGGAACCACUACUCGGAGACAUUGGUGCUGUUGGUGAUAUAAGCAGAAAAGCCCGAAGUGAAUCACCAAGAGCAGAUAGCAAAAUACCAAAUAAUUUCUACACUAGAGCGAAUCUUUACGCUUUCAUAGAAUCCAUGUUGGAGAAGUAUGGCUACCCUGGACGAAGCUGUCUGUUGAUGAGCAUCUGCGAGAACGCAAGCGCAAUGUUCCACCACAACGGCGUCGUUGGAGACUUACUGCAUCUUAUUCUAACGCCAUCAGCGUCAAUGCUAGAAGAAGAAGUAGAAGACUCGUACUACGAAGCGGAAUACUACGGAAUGGCCGAAGAAUGCGGGAGAUACAGCAUACAAUGUCCUGAGAGCCCGUUGGAUCUAUUUUCAGUACAUGUAGAGAAAGCAUUAUAGCAAAAGUUUUACACAAACGUCAUAAAAUGAGAAUUAACUUUGAAUAUCAGGCAUGUUGAAACUAUGAAUUGAACUUGGCUUGACACCCUGCCGCGUGUCUAGAUGUACCUAAUUUUUAUAAUCUACCAGUAUGGAAACAAGUGUAGUCCGUUACUAUUGCAAUAUUUAAAUUGAAGAGAUAUCAGUGAACUAAUCAAUCAUUAAUUUAAGUUAUUUAAUACUGCCAGAAAUAACAAGAUAUUUUUGUAUUUGUAUAUUCCUUAUUGUUGCCGAAUUAUGGCUUCAAUUAUUGUUUUUUCAAAAGUAAGCGGAGUUUGAUGUCCUUCUUUAGAUAUUUUACUACAAAAAUAUGCAAAGUUAAUAGAGUA